AGACUGAAAGAGGACAGUCUUGUUGUAUGUUCGAUGUCUGAUGGAUGGAAAGACCCCGAGAAGAAGGUUAUGGAGUUGGAAUUAAAGCUACAUAGUCCAGUGGGAGGUGAAUCGAUCACAUACACAUGGCCUGUGUCGGGAUCGGAUGGAAAAGAGGGGGCAGCAGAAGUAAUCGACACCAUUCGAUGGGCUUGCCAAGAGACUCCAGGCCUCAGUCAGAUCUUGCACAAUCAUAUACUGCGGGAAUUUGACCUCAAAAGCUAUGAGAGUAUUAAGCGUGUAUGUGAUCGGUACAACAAGGCAGUAGAUGGCCUGCGACCGCUACAGCUAUGGAAAGGAACAAAGCAGUCAGAACAGGCAUCUAUGGGCCUUGUGAAGCAUGUAGUCCAGCAAUGCUACAAUUAUGCUGUGAAGGAUCCGGAGCGCCUCAACCACUAUGAGCCCUUCUCUCCAGAGGUAUAUGGUGAGACAUCAUUUGAACUCGUGGAACAAAUUAUCAAAACCAUUGAUAUUGGCAAGGAUGAUUUCUUCAUUGACUUGGGAAGUGGGGUCGGGCAAGUAGUUCUGCAGGUAGCAGCAGCCACUUCUUGUAAAUUUUGCUAUGGCAUUGAAAAAGCUGAAUGGCCGGCUGCCUAUGCAAAGGACAUGGAUGUUGCUUUCAAGAAAUGGAUGUCUUUCUACGGCAAGUUACAUGGAGAGUAUAUGCUGGAAAAAGGUGACUUUCUGGUGGACAAUAUAAGAGAGAGAAUUGAUAGCGCAACUGUGAUAUUUGUCAACAAUUUUGCCUUCGGACCUCAGGUGGAUCAUAAUUUAAAAUUAAUGUUUUCCAACAUGAAAGAAGGUGCUAAAAUCGUUUCCUCCAAGGCUUUUUGUCCACUCAACUUCAGAAUCACUGAUCGCAAUCUCACUGACAUUGGAACCAUCAUGCAUGUUCAGGAGUUGUCACCACUGUGUGGUGCUGUAUCCUGGACAGGCAAACCAUUUGCUUACUAUAUUCAUACCAUUGACAGAACACUGCUGGAGAAAUAUUUUCAGAGGUUGAAAAACCCUAAGGCAGCACAAACUCCAGCUGAACCAAGGAAAGAUAGAAAAGGACGGAUACUAAACUUUCAGAAGAAGAGUAACAGAGGAAAAGAUAAGGAAAAUUCCAAACAAAGGUGGGGUCACACUGGAGAUCACACUUACCAGGCAGCCAAGGCUUUAGACUUUGACUGUACAAGCAAUACCAGCAGCACUGCUUGUGAUGACAGUAACAGUAAUUUUGGUGCAAGUGAAAUGAGCACAGAGCCAGGGAACAACAUCCUGGGACCUACAACAAGGCGUCAGUGGACAGAAUGGGUCAAGCGGCCAAACUCUGGCAGCGAGUCUCAGAAUGAUAAUGAUAGCUCUGCUAACACAGAUGCUGAAAAACAUGUGGUCAAAAUGAGAAGAAGGGUCAGAAAAAGAAACAUCAAGCGCCUAAAGAAUACUGCAAUACAAAAGAGAAAGGAAAGGAAAAGAGCUUCUCCUCAAGCAGGCAGUGGUGAUGGGGAGCACAAAGUGGCAGCCAAAGCAGCGCCUAACAAAAGAACAAAAGCCAGAGCCAAGCCAACGAAGCAAGCACUAUCACUGGACAGCCUUAAUCUUCUGCAUACUCAUACCGUUUUGUCAACAUCUGGUCAAGGAGAAGACAGUGCCAAAUACAAUGAUCGUAGGAUGGCCAUUACAAGUACAGGUCCAUUUAAACCUUCUACACGAAAACAGACCAUCUCCACACUGGAGAUCAUGCCAUCUCUUGACCAGAUGUUGGAUUCUUGGAGACAGCAAUAUAUAGCUUAUAUUGGCUACAUGCAGACUCCCCAGUUCCGCUCCUGCAUACAGUCAGAGCUAGAGAGGGAGCAGAUCCGUAAAAGAGACAUGGAGGGGAAAGUUUCCUUGCUUGAGACGCAGAUCUCUGGGCUGCAGAAGGACAGUGUGGAGCUACUGAAGACUCGUAUAAAUGAGCUUGGGAUGGAAGCCAACACCCCAGCAGAAUUUUUGAACCAGGCGAAAGAUAUGGUGCAGCAACAUCGCACUCUGCAGACUCAGCAGUCAGAUCUUCAGCACCAGAUUCGUUGCCUGCAAUCAGAACAGGUUCAACUGGUGACCGCUCACAAGAUGCUCUCAGAGCAGAAUGGUGUUACCAACCAUUACAAAAAGAAUGGCCAUGUGCAGCCAGCCAUGACCACUAAGUGUCUCCUUCAAGAAGUGCUAAAUUCUUUUAACUCCAAGCAGCGAUUGCUAGAGCAAAUGAGCCACCUAGAGGGAGAGGUGCAGCAACUGGAGAAAAUAAACAACCAUUAUGUCAACCUCACCACUAACAGUGAUUCAAUAUCUGCUUCUCAUGUACAUCAGGCCAUUGCUGGACUAGGUACAGUCUCAAAGAAAGGAGCACAAAAAACUGGAAUGGCCAAGCCCACAAAGCGCAAGUCUGGGGGCUGUCCUGCAUCAGUGGGUGUUAGCCUGGGAGGUUCAGGUGACAAGAGAUUGCAGGAAAAAUUAGAGAUGAAGGAAAAUCUUGACUCCUUUAGCCACAUCAUCCGCAAACUGAAAACUGAAGUAACUGCUGCACUUAUGGGUGAAGGAAUUGAUGGAGCACCAGGAUCUGCAACAAUUGCAAGUUCUGGCUCAGCAGCAACUUUGGUUGAUCCUCUGCUGCUUCAGGGAUCAGUUUCCUCCAUUGGUGCUAAAGAAGAACAGAAAUUUCAGCCUCCAGAUUUAAGUAUCAAGGGUCUGCUUGAAAAAACGAAGACAGUUCCAAAUAGUGCCAUUAAACAGGAAGCUGCAGCUCUGUCUUCCUCACAUAUGUCUAGCCCUGCACCAGCAGGGAAUAGUUCAGUGUACAGUAGGAUCAGCAUAAAGACGGAGAUCAAGGACAUGCUGAAUGGAGUAAAGAAACGUAAAUUGGCGAAUAGUGACAUAGUGAGGCACACCAUGCACCAGACACCAGGAGCUUCAGACGCUUCAUCCAGCACAUGGUGGUACAUCUGUAGCCUCCAGUUCUUCAGAUGUUGCCAAAGGAGUAAGCAUGGGAGCUGUUUCUUCAGACGCAGGCAGUCUGAGUGGGGACAAGAGUACGCAGAAAGCCACCGCGUAGAAAAUAACUAUUCCCCUAUCAGCCGUCCUAGUAGCCAGAGCAGUACAGAGUGUGCUCCUGCUUUUCCAGGUUUGGCUGCUGCUCCUCCUAACGUAGGGGAAAUAAGUGUUGGUCAGAGUUUGCCAGCAUGUUUGACUGAACUUUCACGCCCAUCCCAUUUUACAAGCCCUUCCAUCAAAGAAUCAUCACCUGCACGCUUGGUUGGGCCUGCUUUACCAGUGCCAGGAGUAACAGUCACAGUUGGACUUGGCACCGUGUCAGGUGGCAAUGUGUCAAAACAAGUAAAUCUGGGACCUUUAUCCAUGCAUGACUACAGUGCGAAUCAGACCAUAGGAUCACCAGGAAGCAUCAUUUCAAAACCUUCAAAAAUCACACAAGACGGGACUCUUAGCAGCAGCAACAAACAGGCAGCAUCCCAGCGCAACCAGUCUUGGCAGCAGAACAGUUCAUCGUCGGCAGCUCUUGGCUCUUCUCGCUCCAGAAGUAAACAGCCUGUCAUUUCCACCAAUACAGCCUCACUGACCAGUGUGGAAAACACUCCUACUCUUGUGCUACCAAAAUCCACUCCAGCACCUGUUUCUUCGUGUAGUGUGACAAACAGCUGGAAAUCUCAAACAUACCCAGAAGUCCACAACCACAACUGCAGCACGAAACUUGUGCCUGUAGAACACAAGCAGCAGCAGCAGCAGUCACGCACUGGCCACAAGAUGGUGUCGCUAUCAUCAAAUGGUAUAAAUGCUGUGGUGCAGAUGCUUGGCACAGAACAAGAAAUGACAAAGGUUGUCUCAUCCAUGCUGGGUUCAUCUGUGGCAUCUGCUGGGAUGGCUGUACCUGGAGCAGUCCAGGUUGCAUCCCUAAACACCUCUCUCAGUAGCUUUGCUCAUUUGCAGCAAUCCCAGCAAUCAAACUGCCAGAAAGAUAAUGACAUGCGGACACAACCUGACUCAAAGAAUCCAGAAAGUACCAUACAUAAUGAUUUUGAUGCACUUGUGGCUUUUGCUUCAUCUGAGUUUGACCGCAGCAGCCGAGAUCUUAAAAGAAAAAACACAGGGAAAUUUCUACCUGCUACAUGCAGCAGGGCAAAAGAAUAUGGAAGUAGAAAUAUGAAAGAUACAAACUCGGUGUCUACAAAUUCUGAUUACCCAAGCAGAGCAAAGCUGAGCAAGCAAGACUCUCAAAAAGAAGAAAUUGGACUUCCCUCUAGAGGUUCCCACAAAAGCAGAUGUGAUUAUCCUUCAAGAAGGGAUAGUUACUUGAAUAAGCAAUUUUCUUCAAAGAAUCAUACCACUGUUUUUGCAGAGUCUCCAAGCAGUAUAAAGAGACCUUCAGAUAAUGCACACUCUAUAUCCACUGGAUCACCAGCUCGGAAAAAACUUUCCCCAGCUCUUACAGCUCGCACUGUGUUGGCACAAGCAUCCAACUUAGAAGGCAGCCAUUUUAAAGUUCACUCUUCAGUCAGAAGCAUACUUUGUACCAAAGCAAGAUCAAGCUCAUCUACUCCAGUAUCAAAAAUAAGCUCAGGAAGUCUUACAAGAAAGUCCUCUUCAAGCGAAAAUCUGGCUCUUUCCUCCUUUCAGACAGACAAAAAGAUGGAUGAAAAGUGUACUUUGGCAUACAAAGUAGGUGGAGCAAAAAGUAGGGAUAUUGGUGGGAGAGGGGCAGGGCAAAGAGAGCUGUCAAAGGGAGAACAGAACCUCUCACCAACUCCAGAAAAUGUAUCUGUUUUAAUACAUUCCAGUUCAAAAGGAAAGAACAGUACAAAGGAGGAAGAAAGGAAGGCAGACAGACUUAUGCACCACGACAAAGGAAGAGAGCAACACAAAGGCAGCAGUAAUAGCAGCCGCACAGCAGUUCAUCCAGAAGGAAAACCACCACAAAGUAUAUUAUCAAUCUUGCAAGGGAAGACCAUUCAGGAUUUAAUACAUGAUAAAAGAGAGACUACAGUGUCACCUCCUAAGUUGCAAGCUACCUCCACACUUUCCUUAGAACUCCAUACCACUCCAAAUUAUUCUAAACAGCCCUCUCAGAAAGCAGGAGUUAAAAUUUCUUCUGAUGGGAAAUCAUCACCACUACCUUCAGCUGUCAAAAGAGGAUCUUUGGAGCAGUCACCAAAAUCUUUUACAGAGGUUUCACCCUUUAGGAAGGUGUCACCAGCAUCAUCCAGUAAGGUAUCACCAGCACCCUCACCAUUGCUACCACCAUCUUCUAGUGAAGUAUAUAAAAAGAUCUCCCCAGCACAUUCACCUUCAGGUAGAUCACCAAAAUAUGACACUCAUAAGAAUGUGAGUAGAAAAUCUCAAGAUAAAUCAUCUCCCUUUCAAGGAAAGACAACUUCAGAGUCACCAGAUGUCUGUGAAUCAUCAUAUCCAAGAAAAAUGCAGACCAGCAUUAAGUGCUGCUCAAACCAGAAGCUAUCAACUAUUGACAGAUAUGUUCUUUCCCAUGAAAGUUCUUUACUUUCUGGGGUCACGAAACAACCAGUGGAUGCUUUGCUGAAAUUUUCUAAUGCUCGCAAACAACCAUUUGAGAGUGGCACAGAGGAUUUUAAUUUACAGCUUGCUGAAGGUAAAUCUUAUGACAAGGCCCUUCAUGUAUCAUCUGUUGGCCCAGAAUCGGAAUGUGGCUUACUGUUUCCUGUAAAGACUGUGCCUGUGAAGAGGGGUCCACUUACACCUCCAGGCUCCCCUACAAGAGUAACCAUGGAAGUCAGCAAGAUAAAACGUGGUGGGUCGCGAUCCCCAUCCAGCACCGGCAGUAGCACAUCAUGCAGCUCUAGUAGAAGUAGCAGCAGCAGUAGUAGUAGCAGAAGCGCUAGUACCACAAAAUGCUUGCAGAGUAAUGAAAACAAGGCGCCUUUGCAGAGGCGUACAAGUUACAGUAGCAUCUCCUCCACUACUAGCAGUGAUGAUGAUGAGAUCAAGGAAUACAAUAAAGAUGUUGGUGCCAAGAGUAAACAUCCAGUCAAUGAAUUAUCGGGAACUGUAUGUCAUUUGUCAUAUAAUUCCACCUCACCACUGUUUGGACCCCCAAAAGAGCCAGAGAAAACUUAUCAGCAUGAAAAACAGCAUAGGGUGUCAUCUGCUUCUUCAACCGCCUCUUCCAGCUCAACGAAUACUAGUAGAAGCAGUAGCAGGCUAGCAGACACAGGAGAUGGGACUGUUUGCAAUGAUGGCUCUGAUUUUGUGUCUGUCUGGCCUGACUCAAAGCUCCCUAGUUCAAAGAUCCAGGACUUCAAAUUUGUUAACAUAAGUACCUUCAGUGGGGGUGGGGUAACAGUAUGCCCAGGUUUACCUGGAGGUGCACCGAUUUUGUCUCACACCAGGGAACAUUUCAAUCCCAUUAAUGAAACUGAUCACAAGCAUUUUGGGGGAGGUUUCAAAUUUGGUGACAGACUGACUGAUCAAGGCCAUGUGUCUCUCUCAUACAACAAAAUUGCGAGGCAGAUGACACAUAUCACCAGCAAGAGAGCUUCAGGUAACUGCACUAGCAGUAUGCCUGACCUAACCAAGCCACCACCUCCACUGACCACUAAACCAGCUUAUGUGACUGCUUCACAAGCAGUUCCCAGACCUGGUUAUGUUUCAGCAAGACCUCCAUCAACUAUUACCACUCUUUCUCCAGGCUAUACCUCACGCAGUCCUAACACUCCAGCAACUCCUCCAACUGGUCGAAGUAACUCUUCAUAUAACUCCAGUGCUGGAAAAUUAAUAGUCGGAAAAGGUCUUGGUAGCAAGCGCUCUUCUCUUAAUGUGUUGCCAAGUUCCACUUUUGCCAGUAGCAUGCAUCAUUCAGGAGGAAGCACUGGCAGUAGCUUUACCAACCGACAACACCAAAGAUCUGGUUCAGGAAUUCCUCACUCUUAUGUUCACCAGCAGGGUGAGUUUCUUGCUAACCGAAGUGGAACAGCAACACGACAUAGCUAUAGUGCCCUGCAUCCCUCACCAAAGAAUUCUGUAGGUUGUAGCAGAACACCUUUGGGUGGACGUCCCCAUAGUGGGCCAACAGGACCUCAGAGUCUUUUUUCAACUGGAAACGGCCAGGCCAGAGGAUGGCAGCCCUACCCUUUGAACAAUGCUGGGAUUACACGCCAUUAGGAGGUGCGUUGGAUUGUUGUUCUUCCAAAUCAAGGCAAGUCAACUUUUCAGUCAUCAGGGUGUCACAAGCAGCAGUAGUUGACCACCUGCUACAGAAGUUAUUGCCUUAAGCCCUCACUGAGCCUCUGCAGUCAUUGGUGACAUAAUGAACAGAUGGCGAUGUUUGUCUGUUCAUGCAUGCAUUAUGCAUGUGAAUGUUUGUGUGUGUGUGUGAUGCUGAGAUGUGACAUACUCAUGUAGUGAAAAGAUGCAGACUAGUAAUGUGCAAUACUAAGCCGUAGUUCAGUGACUUGUCAUGGAUAUAAUAUGUGAAGGGUGGUUUCUAGCUCAUGUCUCUUUGUAUUCUUAAGUGCAGACUAUUUCAUAACUUUCUGAGAAAGCAUGUGAAUGUUAAAGUUUUAGAGUAUUUAAUGCUGUUGAUACGAUUUGUAUCCUGGUUAUGCUAUUACUCUCUUGACACAUUUGCAUUGGUUUCUUCUCAUUUUAUAUGUUGAGCUUUUUUUUAACAUUGUUUUGCGAAAAAUAAUUUUCAGGUUCUUUGUACUAUAGAAUCUUUUACAUAGUAACAUUUAAUUUUAGUUUUUGUUCUAUUCUAUAUCUUAUUUGGGUAUUAGGAAAAACAGCUUAAACAAUGCUUGAAUAUGUUAAGGUAGUCCUGUCUGUUUGAAGACAUCCUUUUAACAAUACUAGCUUAAUAAUAUAUAGAAAUAAUAUGUACACAUAGAAUAAGUAGUAUAUACAUAUAUCACAACAUAUAUGGAGACUGGAAGAAAGAUGUUCUGCAUUAAUGAGAAUAUUUUGAGGGGGGUGGGAGUGAGAGAUAAAAGUGCUGAAAACUUUCAGAAUGUAUGAUAUAUUUCUUGCAAUAAGAAAUUCUGUGACUGCAAUAAGGAUUUAGUAGGACAGCUUAAUAUUGAAAUGCUUAUCUCUCUGCUGGCUUUUGUCCAUUUUUUUGUUAAGUUUAUUUUUAUUUAAUAUUUCUUUUAGCACAAUUACAGCAGCUGUAAUUAAACAAAUUUUAUGUUGGGAACUAUUUUGUGGAAUCCUUUCUCAGUAUUGCUCCUAUGGCACAUGCACACUUAACAAAGGUUGUUAUAGGCUGCAAAACUAUCAACAACUACUUUCCAAUGAAUGUUUGAGACCAUGUCUAUGUCAUUGCAUUGAAGCAUUUGACAUCACAGUUUGACAGAAAAAUUUUUGCUAAUUAGCCUGUUCAGCUGGAAAGAAAGAGUAAGAAAAAUUCCAUUAUAUGUUUGUUGGCUGGGCAUGGUCAACAAAACAAAGAUCUGCAAAAUGAUGACCCUAAUGGAGAACCAUUUAUCACUGCUUUGGCAGUUAAGCUUGGAUCAGCCUAUACAUAAAUGUUAUAUCCAUCAAAUGUGUGCAAGUGAAAAGUAUCUCAUUACUCAGUUCUUUUCUGUUACACCAACAAUGUAUUCCAGCAAGCACUUUGAAUUGGUUCCUACAUUUUCAUGGAACUAAUAUGGCAAUGAUGAGGUGUUUAAUGGUGUCAAUAAUAUUCAUGGCAUCAGCUUAACAACACAGAAUUAUAUUUUCUGAGGAGUUUUGUAAUCAUUUUCAUUCUGACUUGCCAUCAGUUUGUUUCAUCUGUCAGGCUCGUGUCAUCUACAUCAACAAAAUGCAAUUUCUGUGAAAUGUAAAUAGUUUCUUCCCUCUCUGAACAUUUUUUGUAUUCCCCUUAUGAAUGUCACAUUUAUCAUAAUUAUAAAAUAAUCCAAAAAAGAAAGUCAUCAGUGGUCUUUAAUAUAUGUUAAAUUAUUUGUAACUCCAUCAUUAUUUUGGCCAGUAAAAUAUAAUCAUCCUGUUACAUAAAAAGGGCAGAAUUCAAAAGCUAGAUAUUUACCCUUCAUGUUCAUGACAGAAAAUGGCAUGUUUAAACUGCUGGUAAUUGCUCAAGGCAGUUGAAAUGUAUUUGUCAUUUUCAGUGAAUGACUUUGUAAUUGUAUGCUUUUAUGCUUAUAACACAAGAAAAGUCAGUUACUUUUAGUGAAUAAACGAAAAAGUCAUCAGGCAGAACAUCUGAAGGUGUUGCAACGAUAAAGAAAAAAAAUAUGGUGAGAGUAAAUAUGAUUCCUUUCCAACUCAUAUUUUAGAGAAUCGAGGAUGGCGUAGUUACAUCAUCUGACUAAAGCGGACAGCAGCAAGACUGUUGAUCUCAAAAAUUCAAAGAUUAUCUUGAUUUAUUACUGUUGAACUAUAUUGUUCUGAAAAGAGAGAUUGUGUAUGUGGGAGAGAAGAGGAUGGGUGCAGAGUGCGUGCACUUACAUUUAUCCAUUGUGUAUCUGUGUGAAAGAGUGAUGUUGAUGUGACAGGCUGGUUAAUAUCCUUAACAUGAGGUAGGAUGAGUAUCCAGUAACUGUUCGUGUAUUAUCUCUAUAGUUUGUUUGACUUCUUGAAAAGCUUUGCUGUAACAUAAGCUGCAGUAUGUGAUUAUUUUCUAUCUGAAUAAAACAUAUGCAUUCUUUUUUCUGUUCUCUUCAUACAUUUUUAUCCUUUAAAAUUGUGCCCAUUUACAUAUUCCACUAAUGUUGUGGAAGUAAUGGUAUAGAUGAAGAAAGAGAGUUCAAGGUUUGUUGAUGUUGCAAAUAUUACUUUUAUUAAAGUAUUUCUUGCAACAUUAUUAUCCAUUGUAAAUAUCAACCCUUUUCUUUAAUCCGUUUUUAUAAGGUAUUUUUUGUGUUGCUGUUAAAUUCCUUUAUUUGCAGAAGACAGUAUAGGACUAACUUAUUUGCAAGAUGUAUUGUAGUGUCAGUCUUGAAAUUUAACAUUUUAAUUUUUCUUUAAAUGAAAAUGAUUUGUGUCUUUUUUGUGCCCAUUUUGACAUCUUUGUUUUCUGCAUUUGCCAGUGUCAUAAAAGAAUGAGCACCAAUUUUCCCCUGAUCUUUCUUUGCGAACACUUGAGAAAAAAAAUAAGCAUUGUUGCAUCAGUUCUGUAUGGAUUAAAUUGACUUUAAAGUAUUUAGUACUGAGCUUGCUUUCAUUACUUUCUUUUAUAUCCACUUACCCAUUACACACUGAAAUGCAAUUUACUUUUUAAACUUGAUAAUAUAACAUCUAACUCACAGACACUUGCUAAUGCUAAGCACUUACCAUAAUUUUUUAUUUAUUGUAAGACAUAAAACAAUUUAAUUCCCACUUGAACACAGAACAUGCAAAAUGGCAUUGUAUACAUAUCGUCAGUGACAAAUGCAUGUUACAUGAAUGAACCAUGCACGUCCCAAAGAAAUGUAAAUUGAACAUAAAUUAUGCAAUCUUUUAAAAAUAAUAAUGUGCAAACAUCUGCAGGUGUUUUUCUCAAACCAUGAAGCUUCAUGUUUGCGAUGCUUUUGAGAACUGUAUGAGACAAGUAGAUGAAUACAAGCGUAGCAGAUUUUUUAUCAUGAUGUGAUAACAGAAGAAAUAAGAAAUAAAAUGCUGCACCAAGAGUUGACAUUUAUACUUGAACAAUAUGUUUAUUAUUUAAACAUAUCCUAUCAAUAUUGAACUUAUUGGUUCAUUAUGUCAGCUUUGCUAUGUUCUUUCUUCCAUUUUGUAAUUUUUACAUUAUUCUGCACAUUUUACCAGCAUUGAACCACCUGGUUUAUUUAUUCAGUAAGUUUAAGCUCUUAGAAAGUGUGCUUUUUUAUCGCCUCUGAUGGUUGAAGUUCAAGUCCAAGUACAGCCAAACGUCUAAUGCGCCUUGUACUAAACUUAUUUUCUAAUAUAAUAUUCCUUUUUAAUUAUUUUGUUUUCCUUGUAUGAACAAAUUUAAGUAUGGCCUUUACCAGUUACUUUCUUUUGUUAGCUAUUAUAGUUAGUGUAUUUAUUAAACAGAUGGGAAUAAAGAAGUGGCCUGUGCUUACAUGGAGCAUGCCUUUAUUAUAAUCCUCCUGCAUGCACCAUUACUUGCAUUUCACCAGUACUACCAUACAUGGUGACUGUUUGAUCCUGAAGUAAGCUUUAAUUUACUGUAAGUCUCUAGAUCAGAGGUGAUCUCUAGAAUGUUUGAAAAUGGAAAAGUAAUCAAGAUGUAAGGAAGGCUAUGUAUAGUGCCUUGCUUUUCUUUUUUUUUCUUUCUUUUUCUUUUUUUUCUCAUCUCACAUCUUAACAGCCAAACAAUGACAGUUAGUCUACAAUGACUGACAUAUAGAUGGAAAAUCUGUCAUAAGUGAAACUGAAUGUGGCAUUUGCAAAAGAUGUUUGUUCAUUCUUUUCUUCCUUGUUUUUAAUUAUCUGCUUAAAUGAUCAUUGAUCCAAGAAGCUGGUUGUUAUGUGUGCUUCCUUGUGAUUGUACUUACAGUUGACUGUUUGUAAGUUUGUACAGACCAUUUUUUAAAACUAUAUGAAACUAAUAUUCUGUGCACAAGACUGGUAUGUCGUGUUUUAGACAGAUGUAAAUAUUACACUGUACAAAUGAGGAUGGAGGGUUUUUUUUUUUUUUUGGUUAUAAAGAAAUGUAAAUGAAGGGUUAGUGGGGUAAAGGUUUAAGAGUCCCAUCCCAUAUAAUUUGGGGGAAAAAAAAAUUAUGGACACAAGUAAGCCUCAGCCAAAUAACUUGCUAAACCUACUUUGAUAGAACCUGAUUCGUAGGUUGGCAGUAAGGCAUUUUACUUUUAUUUGGUUGGGAAAAGAUGAACAACUCAUUAGGGUUUAAGAAUACUUUUCUAUCUAUGAAAGUUCUGACACGAUAGAACAGCCCUCUUUAUCCAAAUCUCAACUUAUGCCUCAUAAUCCCUAUUAAGCAGUUCAGAAAAAUAUGUUUACUUAAGGCUUAUUGUUGAGGUUACAUAAAGAAAGUAUCACAGAACUGUGUACCUAGAUUAUUAUUUAAAAUAAUUGUUUUGUGUAAAGUAUUUGCUGGCUAAAUAGUGUGCACUAAACAUUGAUAUUAAAGCACUAAAUAGUAAUAACCUCUUUUUUUUUGACAAAGCAGAAACAUUACGUUCUGGAAUGGCAGAUUUCGUUCAGAAAAAGAUGAAAUGUUAAGAAAUUCUUUAUAGUAUGUUAUAGUUAUAUUAAACUUUGAAAAGACUUUUGGAUCCCAAUUGCAGUUUCAAAAAUGGUAAUACAUGUAUAUAUAACUGUUGAUGUGAUGUGGUCACUGUAGUUACAAAGGUUUGUUCUUGUUCGAGUUUUAAAAUAGGCAUCUUUACUUCAGAAGCUCCAAGUAGGUGUCUAUUUAUCAUGUAAGUAGUAUGUUGACUUUGUCUGUUACACCUCUAGAGGCCAUGUGGGACUAGUUAUGUCUCUGAACUGCAGAUAUGUUUAAUGAAAUUGUCUGUGCUAUUUUCCUGAGAACUGUUAUGCACAUUUUUAAUUUAUUUUUUGAGGCUGCAAUCAGUUAUUUAUAAACCAAAAUGAAUGAAAGAUUUGGUUGGGACUGCAGUUAUAAUAAGACCAUCACUGUCCCCUCAUGUCAUGUUAUUAUCUGUUGGAUCAUUUGGUGUGUAAAUAUCUCUGCAAAGGAGCAUAUGGUUGAAUUCCUGGACCCGUCAGUUGCUGAUUCGGUGUAGCAUAUGGUGCAUAGCUAUCUUUCCCUUGGUGUGUGGACAGACUAGUGUGUUGUAAAUCAUGCAGACAACGUUGCUUCUUUACUCUCUUCCUCCACAUUUUUUAGUAAGGGAGAGAAAUGUAGUGAGUUGAGCAUAGGAAAAUACCUUUCACUAAGGUGCCAUAAAAUCAAGGUCAGUGGCAUCUGUUUAUACAUUUAGUGCUGUAUUAAUGAGUAGAGUGUUUCAUUGGUUGAAGUAUUUCAACCAGAAUGUGUACCCUCGGGCAUAAAGAGCGUUUCCAACCAAAGCAGUGUUUAUCUUUGCAAGCUAAUUGUCAUUUUAGACUUUGUUGGUGCAUAGUGCAUUGCGGUCAAUCUAUAGAGGCAAGAGAUUGUUGUUGUUGAUACUUUAACUACCCAGCUAAUUUAUUUGUACUGUCAGCUUCUGCAGAGUAAUGUGAAUAGUCACUUUGGUCUGUUGCCUACAGUACACUGUGAAGAUCUGCACUGUGAAUGUGGCUAUCAAUUGCUGUUAUGAAUAACAGUUGUAUGAGCUUCACCUUACCAUCGCUGUGCUUCAUUUUUUUUCUAAUUAUCAUCAUUGUGCUUGAUAUUUAAAUUUUGUAAAGGUGGCAGCAUUUGGGUGAUUACAUUAUUAUGUAUCAUUACUUGUCAACACUCUCUGUAAGUUUCUUUCAGAGCCAGAAAUCUUAGCAGGUCAGGCUAAAGAAGGGUAGCUAUGGGAUCAUCAAAUCAUCCAAGGGGACAUAUAUGCAUGUGGAGUGUGUGAGAGCUUAGAGAACUGCACAGAAAGGGCAAGCAAAUUAUUAGUCUCAUACUGUUUUCUUUCUAGAGAGUCUCUUCCCUCCUCCUCCAGCUACAUGCUUUAUCUAUCAGAAUAUAGUGGCAUGCAACUUGUCUUUUUUUUUUUUUUUUUUUAAAUCACAGUUCCACUUUUUCUAAGCCUUGGAACUCUGCUGUAAGCCAUCCUGGGGAUAGGGAAAGUAUUUCUGCUCUGAACUGUUAUCUUACAGAUAGAAUGAUACAUACAAGUUUCAUAAGCUCAGAUGAUAGAACUUCUCAGGUAAAUAAAUUAUUGGGAGGUGAAAAUACCAGUAUGAUUGACCUUGCCUUGCUUCAACCAUCUCAAGGAACACCUCCAUCUGCAUCACCGGGCAAGCCUCAGUCACAGGUGGUGUUCAUGCAUAUUCAUUGCCAGUAAGCAAGCAGCAUAAACAAGUUAUUAUCUCAGGCAUGAACUGUUGAAUAUUCAUCUGGCUGAUAUUGACAUUUGUUAUAAAAUGCCAUAUAUCAAGACCUAUGCUGACAAUGUGACCUUGCUUUCAGCAUAAGACCAUACCACUUAUUUUGUGUGCAAGAACAGUGGCAUGAUGAACUGCUUCACAAUGAGUGCAAGAUUGUGUCUCCCAAGAAAAUGAAUCGAUGUGGUGUAAAGUAGCUGCCAUUGGAUCAAGGUGCAGCAGUUUUCACCGAGUAUAUGGAGUUUGCCAUCAUUUUUGCCUGACUUUUUUGUAUGUCGUUUUGAUACGAUAUGACCAAACGCAUUUCCACUGCCAAGCUGACUCCAGUGUUACACUAUGUAUUUUGUAUUAAUACUUUCCAUGUUUACCAAAGCAAUUUGCUUGCUUUUUCCAUCCAAACAUCAUAUGGUAUAGAAUGUCAGAGAUGUGUCAUGCUUUCUCUGGUAGAGAGAUUUUUAUUAAUUCUCUAGGAUUUUUAUGAUGGAAAUUCAUCAUUUUCAUUUGCUCUUGCAAAUUACAUGGUCAUCCUUAUAUUAGUUUUCAUCACAUUAACAGUAAGCAGAAAGAUCUUAGAAGGAAAUUUUUACCACCUGUGGCCAGUAUUUUUUACAUGCUUACGAACUUACAGUGUUCAAAGGGUUUCUGUACUUCGCUUGUGCUACAGGAAUACAAGUUAAGUGGUUUUGUGAAGGGAAUUAAUUUCUAUCUUCCAUUGAAACCUGGACAUUUGGUGUCCAUUCCCCACAGCAUUUCAGUUAUUAAACUACAGACAUUUAAGAGUGUGUGUGCUAAGGCCUUCAGGUUAAGUAUGAAAAGAAGAGGUGUGUAAUAGUGGUCAUGGAUUUCUAAUCAAGUGAUCAACAAAGAAUUUAAAACAAAAUCAAGCAUACACAAAAGCUGGGUGCCUCAAAAGCAUGUAGAUGCUUGUGUAGGAAUGGCCUUAUAUAAAAUUCAAGGUGAAAUUUUAGGGAUGAAAGGUGUAGAGAGGAAGUGAUAUUGAUGUUAGCGUUACAAGAAACGGGAUGCCCAUGUAAUUUGUAACUAUUAGGGUGGGAUUGAAAUGUUUGGUUUCCUUUUUUCUCUCAUUGUUCCAUUCCAAUGCACCAUCAUUUACACCUCAGUGUUGUCAUUUGUGUGAAUAUUUCAGAACUAUUUAUUACUCUUGUACACUUGACUUGCUGUCAUAUAACAAACAGUAGGCUACAAUAAAUGUGUUGUUCACCUGA